AACGGAACGCAAUCCAUUCUUCAAAAAAUCCAAGCAAACCAUUCUCCCAAGUAGAGAAGAGUAAGCAUAUAAUCGGAGGUUGAAGAAAGAGAUGAGUGCAGCAUUCCUCUACGGUUCGGUUAUUCACCCAUCACCAGCGAUUCAACAACGCUUCCACUAUCCAUCUCCACCAAUCCCUAUUCGCCCCUUUCGCCUUUCCCCUCUCACCACCACACUUGUUUCCUCAACCGUCACCACCACCACCUCCGUCCUCCACCGCGAUUCCGCGCCUGAACUCGCCUCCUCCUCCGCCGACUCCGACGACGCCGUUUCGUCGCCAAACGGAGCGGUUCGGUUGGAUACAGAGCCGCGCGUCGAAGAAGCGGUUCCGCCGCUCCCUGCCGAAGACAAAGGACCGAGACUUCGGAAGAAGAAAGAAGACGACGUCGUUUCCGAUAACCGCUACAAGCUCCGGAACGGAAGAGAGGUUUUCGAAGAGAAAGCGUACCUCGUUGGCGUUGAGCGCAAGAACGAGGUUCAGGACUUCGGAAUAGAAGAAUCUCUCAGCGAAUUGGCGCAGUUGGCUGACACUGCUGGAUUAUUGGUUGUUGGCUCUACUUACCAGAAGCUUACUUCCCCAAACCCUAGGACAUACAUUGGCUCUGGCAAGGUUUCUGAAAUUAAGAGUGCAAUUCAUGCAUUGGAUGUUGAGACUGUUAUCUUUGAUGAUGAGCUGUCAGCUGGGCAAUUGCGCAACUUGGAAAAGAUUUUUGGUGGAGAUGUGAGAGUUUGUGAUAACCGAACCGCUCUCAUCCUUGAUAUAUUUAAUCAACGAGCAGCAACACAUGAAGCGUCUUUACAGGUUUCAUUAGCACAAAUGGAAUAUCAACUACCUCGUCUAACAAAAAUGUGGACUCAUCUUGAGCGUCAAGCAGGAGGAAAGGUGAAGGGAAUGGGUGAAAAACAAAUAGAAGUCGACAAGCGUAUUUUGCGUAACCAAAUUGGUAUUCUUAAAAAAGAGCUAGAAUCUGUUAGGAAACACCGAAAGCAGUAUCGUAAUAGGCGUUUCUCAGUACCUGUGCCGGUGGUAUCCUUGGUUGGUUACACAAAUGCUGGUAAGAGUACACUUUUGAAUCAACUAACUGGAGCAGAUGUUCUUGCUGAGGAUAAAUUAUUUGCAACUUUAGAUCCAACUACUAGGAGGGUACAGAUGAAGAAUGGAAAGGAGUUCCUCCUAACUGACACUGUUGGUUUUAUUCAGAAGUUACCUACUACACUAGUUGCUGCCUUCAGAGCUACACUGGAGGAGAUAGCAGAGUCAUCACUCUUGGUGCAUGUGGUUGACAUCAGUCACCCCCUGGCUGAGCAGCAGAUAAAUGCUGUGGACAAAGUCUUGUCAGAACUAGAUGUAUCAUCAAUUCCAAGAUUGAUGGUCUGGAACAAGGUUGAUAACGUUAGCGAUCCCCUGAAACUCAGGCUAGAAGCUGAAAAAAGAGAAGAUGUUGUAUGCAUAUCUGCUUUAAGUGGUGAUGGCUUACAAGAAUUUUGUAAUGCAGUUCAAGACAGGCUAAAGGAUUCUAUGGUUUGGGUUGAAGCUCUGGUCCCAUUUGAAAAUGGGGACCUUCUCAGCACCAUACACCAGGUUGGAAUGGUUGAGAAAACUGAAUAUACAGAGCAAGGGACAUAUAUCAAGGCACAUGUGCCCCUGCGUUUUGCAAGAAUGCUUACACCCAUGAGGCAACUGUGCGUAUCCCGACCUUGAGUUCAAUAUAUCUAAUUUUGCAGCAUAGCAUGUACAUAUGUGUGUAAUUAUUGAAAUCAUGUCCGCAAGCCCUUGAUGGAGAUGCACUGACGCAGUGGGAUGGCAAUGCAAAAUUUGUUUGCAUUCACAGUUAGUAGCAAUGCAUAAUUGCAUAUCCAAUUCAGAUUUGGAUUCUUUCAUGUAUUGAUAAACAUGACAGGGUUAUGUUGAAAAAGAAAGACAAAUGGAUCUUAUAGCCAAUCAUAGUGAGUCCUUGUUUGAUAAAAAAAAAUGUAUCUUUCUUUAACGUGAUCAUAUCAUGAUACCCAACAUGAGGGAAUUCAAAUCCAUCUGAUUUUUGUUUCAAUUUUAAAUAUUGUUUAAUCA